GUUGAAACAAUAAAUAAGCACAACGAGGAGCCCGAGAGCAAUAUUUAACGACUCUUCCUCCUCUUUGGCAUGUAUUUGAGGAACUGAGAUGGCAAAAGGAAAGACAUUUAAGCAAGGAGCCGACAAAAAGCCCGAGGACGCUGUUGAACAUAAAGUCACUUCAAGCAAGGACACAAAGGAAAACAAACCAACAACUAGCAAGGACUGUGCAUCCAAAACGCAGCAAUUUUUCCAGAUUAUACGGAGUCCAAGCAAACCUAGAUCCCCCCUGAGUGACAGUUCGAGCAUGCUGAUCCAGGAAGGAAACGAAUCUGAUGCUGCUAAUCUUGACACGUCCAAGGUGAAAAAAGACAUGCCUGAUGAAAUUAAAUCUGAGAGCUGUGAAUCCAAAGAGCAGAGGGCUGAAAUGGCUUGCCACAGUCAGGGGAUCAGAAAACAAGCCACUGACCAACCGGAGCAAAAAGAAACAAUGUCGCACACAACGGCUGGGUCUGCAAAAGGCGGCAACGUUUCAACACCCAAAUCUCGGAAUCGAACUGGUCGUAAACCUAGAGCGAAAAAGACGGAGAAUAAAGCUCCCCAAAACAGAAAGGUCACAGAUUAUUAUCCAAUCAGACGGAGUAACAGAAAAACAAAGGAAGAGUUGAAGAAUGAAGAGCUGAAACACACUGAAGACCUGAUCAAGAAUGGUAUUGAAAAAGGACUGCAGGUGAAACACAUAGAGGGCAAAGGAAGGGGAGUAUUUGCUGUGAAUGGCUUCAAGAAAGGAGAGUUUGUGGUAGAGUACCACGGAGAACUACUGGACCUAGGGGAGGCUAAAGAAAGGGAGGCCCUGUAUGCCCAGGAUCCCCAGACAGGCUGUUACAUGUACUACUUCCAGUAUCAGUGUAGGACAUAUUGUGUGGACGCCACAAAAGAAACAACCCGUCUUGGAAGGCUGAUUAACCACAGUAAGACCGGCAACUGCCAGACGAGGCUUCACGCCAUCGAUGGAACCCCUCACUUGAUCUUAGUGGCAUCCAAAGACGUCGAGGUAGAUGAAGAGCUGCUGUACGACUACGGGGAUCGGAGUAAAUCUUCGAUCUCGGCUCAUCCUUGGCUUAAAUACUGAAUCUUAAACAAAGUUUUCAUGUCUCAGGUUGAAUUGGUGCUCACUGCUGUUUUGACCAUCUUUUUAUAUAAAAGAUACAACUGAUGAGUGAUCCUCAGAAAAGGUUUUUGUUUUAAAU